UAUCAUGGAUCUCUCUCGUCUCUCCGGUCUCUAGUUCCUUCCCUCCGUAGCUCCACAGUUUCUUUGUUUAGUGACCCUGCGGCUGUGGGUGAUCACAACACAAAUUCCCAAUGUCUUUCACUCCAAGAACACGCCCAAAAUCAGAAUCCCAAAACUCUAAACCCAAACCCCCAAAAUCAUCUUCUUCGAUUUCAUCACACAGUCUCUUAAUAGAACCAUCGCCGAGCUUCUUCCCAUCAAAGGGCGAGCUCUCGAGGCUAUUCGCGGUUGUUGCCAUUGCGGCAUCAGUAGCAAUCACCUGCAACGUCUUCGUCAACUUUCUCAAUCGCCAGCCAAAACCCUUCUGCGAUAACGACGCAGGUUUCGACAAUUCCUUAUCCGAUUUAUGUGAGCCUUGUCCAAGAAAUGGAGUAUGUCAUGAAGGCAAAUUGGAGUGUGCCCGUGGCUACAGAAAGCUUGGGAAGUUAUGCGUAGAAGAUGCAGAUAUCAAUGAAACAGCUAAGAAACUUUCAAAAUUGGAAGUAAAAAAAGUCUGUGAAGCAUAUGCUCAAUAUUUGUGCGGUGGAACUGGCACUGUUUGGGUUCAGGAGGAUGAAAUGUGGAAUGAUUUAGAUGAUUCUAAGCUAAUGGAGAAUUAUGGCUUGGAUAGUGCGAUAUAUGUGCAUGCCAAGCAAAGAGCAAUGGAGUCUGUUGAUAAACUAUUGGAGACGAGGAAAAAUAUAAAUGGGAGCAAAGAGUUCAAGUGUCCAGAGUCAUUAGUGGAACAUUACAAACCAGUUACCUGUUACAUCCGACAGUGGAUUGCUGAGCAUGCUUUAAUUUUGGUGCCAUUUACUGCAUUGCUUUUGGGAUGCACAUUGUUACUGUUAAGAAUCCGACGAAGACAUUAUCUAUCAGUUAGAGCUGAACAGCUUUACAACCAGGUAUGCGAUAUCCUUGAAGAGAAGGCCUUGACGUCAAAAGGUGUAAAUGUUGAGCAAGAAGCAUGGGUAGUUGCCUCAUGGUUGCGAGAUCAUCUUCUUUCACCCAGAGAAAGAAAGCACCCAUUGUUAUGGAAAAUGGUUGAGGAUUUGGUUCAGCAAGAUUCUCGUUUAGAUCGGUUCCCAAAGAUGGUGAAGGGUGAGUCUAAGGUGGUCUGGGAAUGGCAAGGUAUGACAGCGAUGUUAUGGGUUUUAGUUGUUAAUUUAAGCCUCAUUCCUAACCGAGCCAACCUUUCCUUCUCGUGAUGGUCAUAAGUCAGAUAACAGUUUGGUCAAUCAGGCUUUUCAUUCAGAUGUAUAUCUUGUCAGUAACCCAUUGGGGGGCUGACUCAGAUUUUAAGAUGGUUUUUGGCUGUCAAAGUACGAGUAUGCUUCUCCAAACUGCCAUUAGGAUACUGUCUUUUUAACUUGUUUCAAAUUAUUUACCCAAAAAAAAAAAAAAAUUGUUUCAAGUUGUGCCUGUCACUGAGGAUACGAGGUGGUGUGAUACUGCAAACCCACACAUCAAAUUCCUGACAUUUUGGAAGUCUUAUAAUUUUUUUAACCUUCUUUUUUCUUCGGGUCUCUUUUCUUUACCUUUGCAAGGGGGAGGGACAUUUCUCUGUUUUAGCUCAUUCAGUCAUAAGUAUGUGGUUACCCCUAUAUAUCUUACAUAUCACUAAGAUUGGGUACAUGCUAAGGUUAAAUAGCUUCAAAUAGGAUGAAAUAUUUUGCACGUGUAAUAGAGAAUAUAACGUGGUUGUUCUUUAAGAAUUUCAUCUCAUUCGUAUGCAAAAGUUGAACUUGUACUGCACAAAUAUGUUGAUCGGAAGCUAAAAACCAUGUCUGAUUUAUCAAUGGAUUAGACGGCUUGUCCACGUUUGGUUGGAUUGUGUACCACUUGUUUCAGAUUUCUUACUUCUAUUGUUAGUAAAAAUUGUUGUUUGUUAUCGGAAAAAAAAAUGUCCCAUUGUGCUUAUAAGUCCUUUGUGUGGCACUUCAAAUGAUCAUAAUUUCCUAUUCCUAGAAGAAACUAGUAUCAAGCUAUUAGAUUUUCACUGCUCAAUACCAUAUUGGUUAUCACUGUUUUGUUCCCAUUCUCUCUUUGACUCUCUCUCUCUCUCGCUCUCUAGUUGAAGGUUCUUUGAGCUCUUCAGGAAAGAGGAAGAAGCACGAGGAAAGCAAGCUGAAGUCAAGUGAAGGCACGAAUGUAUCUUCUAAUCAACAACGCAGGCCAUUGCAGUAUGGAUGCACAUUAACAAGCUCAAAGAGUCCUCUUGUGGCCCAGAAGCUUAGAUAAAUUGGAUCCAACAGUGGACACACUGUAAAUUUUCCCACAUUUGUUUUGAAGAGGUAAUGAUUGAGAUGUAUGUCCUUAUGUAUGGUUCAAAGUUUGUGUCUUGUGAUAAAGAAUCUGGAACUUGUAUCAAUAGGUUUUUGUCGAUAACUUGUAUUGGAAUAUUAUCAACAGAAGUUGAAGACGGAGAUCAGGUUGUUAGCGGUCCAAAUUUUCAUUUUUAUUUUCUAUUUACUUGGC